UCAAAGCCAUGGGUUCAUUUAUUUAUUUUACUUUGUGCCUCUCAGCAGGUUUCUGCCAUGGGUGACAGGGGAAUAAGCAAUCACUCAGAAGUGACUGACUUCAUUCUUGUAGGCUUCAAGGUCCGCCCAGAGCUCCACAUUCUCCUCUUCCUGCUAUUUCUGUUUGUAUAUGCCAUGGUCCUUUUAGGGAAUGUUGGGAUGAUGGCCAUUAUUUUGACUGAUCCCCGGCUGAACACACCAAUGUAUUUCUUCCUAGGCAACCUCUCCUUCAUUGAUCUCUUCUAUUCCUCUGUUAUUGCACCCAAGGCCAUGAUCAACUUCUGGUCUAAGAGCAAGUCCAUCUCCUUUUCAGGUUGUGUGGCCCAGCUCUUUCUCUUUGCCUUAUUUAUUGUGACUGAGGGAUUUCUCCUGGCAGCUAUGGCUUAUGACCGCUUCAUUGCCAUCUGCAACCCACUUUUGUACUCUGUUCAGAUGUCAACACGUCUCUGCACUCAGUUGGUGGUUGGUUCCUAUUUUUGUGGCUGUAUCACCUCAGUUCUUCAGACCAGCAUGACAUUUACUUUAUCCUUUUGUUCUUCUCGGACCAUUGACCACUUUUACUGUGAUGUUCGCCCACUUCAGAGACUGUCUUGUUCUGACCUCUUUGUUUAUAAAAUGAUUUCUUUCUUCUUAUCCAGCAUUAUUAUCUUGCCUACCAUGAUAGUUAUUAUUGUUUCUUAUAUGUAUAUUGUGUCCACAGUUCUAAAGAUACACUCUACUGAGGGACGUAAGAAAGCCUUUUCUACUUGCAGCUCUCACCUUGGAGUCGUGAGUGUACUGUAUGGUGCUGUCUUUUUUAUGUAUCUCACUCCUGACAGAUUCCCUGAGCUGAGUAAAGUGGCCUCCUUAUGUUACACCCUAGUCACUCCCAUGUUGAAUCCUUUGAUUUACUCUCUGAGAAACAAAGAUGUCAAGGAAGCUCUAAAAAAAAUUCUAGAGAAGAAAAAUACUAUUCUUUGA